AUGUUCACAGAUCGGCCGUACUCCGAGUCAGACAUCGUACGACCAUCAGCAGCCCCGCCCCCGAGCCGCUUAUCAGCUUCCUCUCCCCCCCUUACACUUCCCCUGGACAUGGACCUCGAUGACGACGUAUUCGUGAGCCCACGAACAGAUAAUGGAAACGACCGAUUUUCAACCACCAACCUGGAGAUCUUCAGAUAUGGGAGUCCAAGAACCCCAGCGGGGGUCUUGCUUAGUCCUCGAAGGGAGUCCUCGUUUAACUUCUCGGUGACUGGCGAGAAGCAUUGGAGGGAUAAGGGAGGAACAGAUGUGGCUGACGGCGUUGUUGAUACGGAUGAGGUAUACACGUUCGAUUUACUAGAUAUACUCAUGAGCCACCUGUAUGGCGAUCCAGACAUAAUCAAAACCAUACAGAUAAAGAGGCUACAAUGGGCUGGACAUGUUGCCCGGAUGUAUGAUGAAAGGGUACCACCGAGGCUUAUGGAUGGAAACCCGGAGGCCGGUGAAACCGCAGAAGGCUUAAAUUACGAUGGUGUGGAGCAUCACCUCCAAUUAUGGUAA